AUGAGGGCUCUGGUGAGCGUGGUGUCCUUGUUCUUCCUGGGCAUCCAGGCCCUCAGUGAGUGGAGCUACUCAGGGAAUGACGGCCUGGAAGAGAGUCGGUGGCCUGAGAAGUACCCUUCCUGCGGCGGGGAAAGGCAGUCGCCCAUCGAUGUGAAGAGGAGGGAGGUGCACUUCAGUAGCUCCUUGUUGCCCCUGCACAUGGUCAACUAUGAGGAGGAGGGGCUGGAGCUCCCUAUGACUAACAACGGACACACAGUACAGAUCACCCUGCCGGACACCAUGUCCAUGAGAGACUCUGACGGCACUGUGUACACGGCAAAGCAGAUGCACUUUCACUGGGGCGGUCGGGACUCAGAAAUCAGUGGCUCUGAGCACACCAUCGAUGGGAUGAGGCACGCCAUAGAGAUUCACCUUGUUCACUUCAACAACAAGUACGGGACCUACGAGAAAGCCGUGGACCAACCAGACGGCUUGGCGGUGAUAGCGGUCUUGGUUAAGGUUGACGAUUACACAGAAAACGAUUACUACAGCACCUUCAUUUCUGAGUUGGAAAACGUCAAGUAUGCAGAACAAACCACGACACUGAGAAACGUUAACAUCCGGAACAUGUUGCCCGAGGACAUCAAACACUACUACACCUACCAAGGCUCGCUCACCACUCCCCCCUGCACGGAGAAUGUCAAGUGGUUUGUGUUUCAGGAUUCUGCCACCAUCUCCAAGGCCCAGGCUGAGAGAAUAGAGAAUGCGGUAAUGGAUCACCACAACCAGACCAUUCGAAAUGGUUACCGCAGGACGCAGCCCCUCCACAACAGGGUAGUGGAAGCCAAUUUCCCAUACUCCCCGGAUGAAGUCUCUAAGUACCACUUUUACACAAAAAACAUGCACGAGAAGAUUCUACACGGUUUGAAACUAAAGAAAAUUAAGAAGAAGAGAAACCACAGCCAUUGAACCGGAAAUGAGACACCGACACCAAGGGCUCACCCUGCCCCUUUGCUAAGGAAUCCUGGAGUGUGGGUCUCCUUGCAACCUGCAGCAAGGAGUCUCUGACUAACCCAGAGGGAGUUCUCAUCCCUGAGAGGAAGUGGAGCUGCGUCAGCCAGAAGAGAAGGGAUGUGGGUGAGACCGAAUGGACUUGGACGGAUGUGCAAGGAAUCAGACCUUCCAUAAUCCCCUGUCAAUCAUCCACCUAAAUUUGGGGUCUGCGGAUGCAGCUCAUGGUAGAGACCUUGUCAUGACCUUGGGUUUGAUCCCUGGCACCAGCAAAAAAAGAAAAUCAUUCACUUUGAUCUACGUUAUAAAUCAGCCCGAACCUCCCUUUUUAAUGUAAUAAAGUGAUUUUGGAGAUUUUCAUUUUUAAA